GGUGGGUUGCAGUUUUAUGGGUCCAAUUCCUGAUUCAUUGGGAUCCCUCAAUCAGCUAGUCUUUUUAGGUCUCAAUAAUAACCGCUUUACGGGACCUAUCCCACCCUCUAUUGGUAAUUUAAAUAAUCUUUCAUGGUUGGAUCUAAGUGAUAACCAGCUUUCAGGACCCAUUCCCGUCUCUAAUCCAACAGCGCCUGGCCUUGACAAUCUAGUAACUACAAAACACUUCCAUUUGUCAAAUAAUCAGUUAUCUGGUUCUAUUCGAUCUCAACUUUUCAACUCAAACAUGAGCCUAAUACAUUUUAUAGCUAACAACAACCAAUUAUCUGGACUAAUUCCUGCCUCGAUAGGAUCCGUGCAGACUCUUGAGGUCAUACGCCUGGACUCGAAUUGGUUGACAGGGGAUGUGCCUCAGAAACUAACGGAACUCAAAAGUGUUAAUGAGCUGCACCUGUCAAACAAUAAUCUGAACUGGACCUAUUCCAGAUCUCUCCGGAAUGAACUCACUCUAUUACGUGGACAUGAGCAGUAAUAGUUUUGAAUAUUCUGAUAUUCCAGCAUGGUUCACCCUUCCAUCGUUGACCACAAUAUUGAUGGGAAUGACGCAGCUCCAAGGAGAAAUCCCAUCAGGUGUCUUCCAAGCUCAGUUGGAGAGAUUGGUGCUAAGCAGUAAUCGGCUUAACGGAACCCUGGAUGUUGGCAACAGCUAUAGCAGUUAC